AUGGCAACAAGUAGACGCGUAACCCAGCCCCGGUCGCGGAACGGCUGUAUCACUUGCAAGAUCCGGCACGUCAAAUGCGAUGAGCAAAAGCCGACGUGUACGCAAUGUCAAAAAUCCGGCCGCAAAUGCGAUGGCUACGACAACGCCUCGCAGACACAACUGCGCCAGCGGAUCAAUGAGCGACACCGGCCGAUCGAAAGAGACACAUUCAAGGCCGACCAGCGACUCGUCCUGCGUCAGGAAACACGCACCGAGCGGCGGUAUGUCGACUUCUUCUACACCAAGACCUCGCAUGUCUUUUCGGGAUUGUAUGACUCCAAGCUGUGGUCCUAUCUCAUUCCGCAGUUUGGGGAGCACGAACCUAGUGUGAGACAUGCUAUGACUGCUAUCGGGGCAAUCCACUCGCGGCUACAGAUCACAGAGGCUGCUUCAGCGUCGGGGGAUACGGGUCCAACAGAGCGGUUUGUGCUUGAAGAGUACAACAAGUCCAUCCAGGGUUUGGUCAAGUCACUUUCGGUCGCAAAAGGCGAAAGUGUUGACUUGACGUUGACUUCCUGUUGCCUCUUUGUCUGUUUGGAGAUUCUUAGGAACAAUCGCAAAGAAGCUUUGGAACAUAUCGAAGCCGGCGUUCGAAUCAUCUACAAACACGAGCAGACCUCCCCAGCAGGUGCUUGGACCAGCGAGCUCUACCAGCAGCUACGCGAGUUAUUCAUCCGACUAAACCUCCAGGCCUCAUUCAUGGGCCGUACACUAGUCCCUUUGAAGCUCUACUCAUCGGACACAAUCCAGUCAGGUCUCGCCUUUAACGAUAUGGUCGAGGCAAGAAACCACCUCGACCAGGUAAUUACCAGGGCCCUCCUCUUCAUCCGCUCCGUCGGCAUUACGCGCGAGGCACGCGAACCGGCCUUCCAACUCGAACUCGAAAUGGACCAAGAAAAAGUCCACCAAGAACUCCUCGCCUGGCGACAGUCCCACGACCAACUGCUCCAUAAGCUCGGCCCCAAGAUCCAGCAACCCGAGCUCUGCGCUUCCCUCCUCCAACGCAUCUACUACUACGCCGCAAUAAUUUGGACCUCCGUCGCCCUCGUCCGCAGCGAAGACGCCUACGACAACUUCACGGCCGAGUUCCAAUCCAUGAUCUUCCAUACCGAGCAGUUGCUCCAGAUAAACCCGUCCUUCGGCAACAGCAAAACCCAUAUAAGUGAAAGCCAACCUUCAUUCUCGCUUGAAGGUGGAAUCAUCGCCCCGGUAUACCUGGUCGCCUGUAGAUGUCGCCACCCAUCCAUCCGCCGCAGAGCACAGAACAUCCUCUCCAAUUACCCGAGCAGGGAAGGCAUGUGGGACGCCCGAUUACAUGCAGAAAUCGCAAAGCUUGUCAUUCAAAUCGAGGAAAGUCAAUGUGCGGUACCACCAACGAGCGAAAGAGAUAUCGGAUCACUAGCACGCGUUUAUGAGGAAGUCCAAAUGAAGUUGGAGAGGAGUAAUCCCACGCAAGUUGUCAUCUAUACGAAACCUGACGGGGUCGAUGGGCCGUGGAAGAUUACUAGUACCAUGGUCGAUUGGUAG